AUGAGAAAGGCUAAAGAUUUGGGGGAUUUUAGGUGCUUUAAAGUGGGUGAUAAUGAGGAGGUGGAUUUACUUCAAUUCGCGGAUGACACAAUUAUUAUAUCGGAAGGAGAUACGGCUAAUUUGUGGAGUAUGAAAGCAAUUCUUAGAGGUUUUGAACUUAUGUCGGGUUUACGUAUUAAUUUCUCUAAAAGUAACAUCUAUGGUAUCAAUGUUGGUGAUUGGUUUCUUGAAGCGGCAUCUAGCUUUCUUUCGUGUAAAGUGAGUAGUCUUCCGUUCAAGUAUUUGGGAAUUAAAGUGGGUGGUAAUCCUAGAACUCCGACGAAGGUGCUUCAAGAGAUUCGGACUAUCCAAAGCAAAUUUCUUUGGAGUGGUGGUGAAGAUAGAAAGUCUAUUCAUUGGGUGUGUUGGGACACGGUUUGCAAAUCAAAGGAGGAAGGUGGCUUAGGAAUAAAGAAUGUGGAAAUUAUGAAUGUGGCUCUUAUAAGCAAGUGGAAGUGGAGAAUUUUAAAUGAGAACGAAGCGGUUUGGAGUGGCAUCAUUAGAGCUAGAUAUGGCAAGGUGAAAUUAAAGAUUCUAGUAGGAGAUAUGGCGGUAGUGGGCAAGAAGGAUUCUAUAUGGUGGAGAGAUUUAAUGGUAUCGGAUAAUUAUGAGAGACUUUUAGUCAAUCAUUUUUCGCGGGCUAUUAACUGUAGUGUUGGUAAUGGUGAAGAUAUUCCGUUUUGGUAUGCUUGUUGGAUUGACAAACAACCUUUAUUGGAAGUCUUUCCGGAUUUAUUUCAGGUGACAGCGGAUCAUCUUCUAGCGGUAGCUGAUUUGGGGCAAUUUGGAGAAGAUGGAUGGCAAUGGAAUUUGCGGCCCUUGCUGCCAGAAACUGCAGCAGCAUGGCUGCCAGCGGCCAGCACACCUUUGCUGCCAGCGGCCAGCACUAGCUCUGCUACUGGGCUGCUGAAUUCGGCCAGCAAUGGUGAAUUGCAAGAUACUAUUGUUUACAUGGAUGUAGAGCAAAUGGGAACUAUACAUGUGAGAUAA